AUGAAGUUCCUCCGCCUUGCCGCCCUCGCCGCCACGGUCUCGGCCGCGCCCCUCUCCGGCUCCCACAUCGCCCAGGGAACCACCUCGAGUGUCGGGCAGACCCUCCCCGACGGCCUCGGCAGCAAGGUCCCCCCCGCCGCGACACUCGCAAAGAGCAAGACGCUCGUGUCUCGCCUCGCCUCGGGGCCAGACGGAGGACACUGCGAUGAGCAGCACCCGCCGCAUGUCAUGCUCCCCAACAAGCCGUACGAUCGUCGGGUCGGCGACAACAAGCACUCGCACCUCCAGGACGGCGGCACGCUCGCCUCCCGCAUCGUUCACAAGGGCGGGGACGGAGAGCACGACCGACCUCCCGCCAUGCUCCCCCAUAAGCCCUACACGCCUCGGAUCGGCGCCAGGAAGCCUCAGCACGACGGCAAGGCCGGGGCGCUGACCUCUCGCGACGAUGGGCCUCCCCAUGCGUUGCUCCCGAAUGAGCCCUAUGACCCCUCGACUGGCGGUGACAACAGGCACGAGAACAUUGAGGGAGGAAGGAGUGUGACGCUCGACUCCCGCGUCGCGCAGGAGGGGGGCGAUGGGGACGGCCUGCCACAUGCGAUGCUCCCCAAUGAGCCCUACGACCCUUCGGCCGGUGACAACAACGGGAAGCAACCCCAUGGGCAGUAA